AAUUCGUAUUCGGAUCGCGAGUUAUUUACUACUUCGAUAUUAAUUUUCGUUGUAAUAUAAUUAAGGCUUAGUUGCAAUGGUUCGUGUGAAAAACAGAUAUAUUCUGGUUCAGUUCAUGUGCAACAACCGAUCCGAUACGGAUGCGUUCGCACUUACCUCCACUCAUUUGAGCGGUUUUCUACGGGAAAAAAUCGAAAAGUACUACGGAGAAUACGGCCUUGCCAGCACUCUUCGGCUAAAUGUAAUAUAUUUCAACGAGAAGACCCGACUCUGCAUCAUCCAAACCCGACAUGGGCCACAUCGGUUUGUGACCAGCAUUCUGCCCUUGCUCACUGUGGCAGAUACGGAAACUGUUCGCUAUCGAACGCUUUACGUGGGAGCCACACUAAAACAGUGUCAGAAGUUCAUAGUUCGCUAUCAGCAGGAGUAUGUCAACAAAAUGAUUGGGCUCUACAAGGGUGAAGUGCAGAAGGAGCGGUUCAUCGAGGAAGUUACCAAAAUGAAGCAAAUUUAGACACUUGUGUUAGUUGUGGAAGUAGCAUUAUAAUAUACCCUAUAGUUUUAUUGAACGAAUUCUACUAGCUUAACAGAAUAUAAGGUUUUUUUUU